ACAAAAAUGGCGACUACUUCUGCUGGAACUUCGUCGAACGAGAUGCAAAAUCCUCUUCAACAGGCAUUUUCGGAUCGUUUAAAACGCAUCUAUCCUGCUGUAAAUGAAGAGGAGACACCACUACCCAAGUCUUGGAGUCCAAAGGACAAAUUCAACUACAUCGGACUGUCACAAAACAAUCUGAGAGUUCACUACAAAGGGGUUGGCAAGAACCACAAAGAUGCAGCAAGCGUGCGUGCCUCUCACCCCAUACCAGCAUCAUGCGGCAUUUAUUAUUUUGAGGUCAAAAUCAUCAGCAAAGGACGAGAUGGAUACAUGGGUAUUGGUCUCUCAGCUCAGGGUGUCAACAUGAACAGAUUACCAGGUUGGGAUAAACAUUCAUAUGGUUACCACGGUGAUGAUGGCCACUCGUUCUGUUCAUCUGGGACUGGCCAACCAUACGGUCCGACAUUCACCACCGGAGAUGUGAUCGGCUGCUGUGUUAAUCUCAUCGAAAAUACAUGUUUCUACACAAAGAAUGGUGUCAACCUCGGUAUAGCAUUCUUAGAUCUACCACCUAAUCUCUACCCCACUGUAGGCCUUCAGACACCAGGAGAAGUGGUCGAAGCAAACUUUGGUCAACAUCCAUUUGUGUUUGACAUAGAAGACUAUAUGAAGGAAUGGCACAUGAAAACUCACACCACAAUCGACAGGUUCCCUGUUAGUGAUAUCAAAGGAGAAUGGCAAACAGCACUACAGAAAAUUGUCUCCACAUAUCUGGUCCACCAUGGUUACUGUGCCACAGCGGAGUCCUUCGCUCGCAGCACUGGACAAGCUUUCCAAGAGGAACUGGCUUCCAUCAAAAACAGACAAAGAAUCCAGCGACUAGUAUUAGGAGGGCGAAUGGGAGAGGCAAUAGACACUACACAACAACUAUACCCAGGACUAUUAGAACGUAAUGCAAAUCUCCUAUUCAUGCUCAAAUGUAGACAAUUUAUCGAAAUGGUCAAUGGGACGGAUAGCGAGGUGCGUGGGGCAGCUAUACGCAGUCCUCGCUCGCGUCAUGGCAGCGGGAGUAACAAAUCAAGUCCUAGCAUGAGUCCUGUUCACCACACUCACCUUCAUACACACCGAUCUACUGCUAGUGGGACGUUAUCGGGCAACUCUAGCCCAAACAGGAUUAUCACAACUAAAGGACAGCACACAAACAAUAGCAGUAACAGUAGUAAUUCACAACAGAAUGACUUGCAAACUAUAUCAGAGUCUGAGAUGAAUGCAGCAAAUGUGGCGCUAAAUGGCGAGUCUAGUUCACGGCUGACGGAUAGUGAUGUGGAGAUGGAGGAUGAAAGGGUGGUUAGUAAUGGCACAUCGUCUAGUAAUAGUACCAAUGGAAUCAUGAACGGGAGUAGUCUCCUCAUGGAUGAGGAAUGUGACAUGGAAGUGGAGCAGUCAACCUUGUCCAAGCGUCAGCUGUGCGGUGGAUCCCAGGCCGCUAUAGAGAGGAUGCUGCAGUAUGGCCGUGAACUCCAGGCCAUGAGCGUACAGCUGAGAAGAGAGUACGGCAAAAACGAGGCCAAUAAAAAAGCUCUACAGGAUGCAUUUAGUCUGCUGGCUUACUCGGAUCCAUGGAGCAGUCCUGUAGGAAAUCAGUUAGAACCAGUCCAAAGAGAACCAAUAUGCGCUGCUCUAAAUAGUGCCAUACUAGAAUCGCAUGGUUUACCCAAGCAACCUCCUCUAGAACUAGCAAUCGGCCAGACUACCGAGUGCAUGAAGCUUAUGUCCAAAGCCGGCAUUGGAUCAUGUGCCUUCGCCAGUAUAAAUGACUAUCUACACUAGCUUCCAGUCUCUUCCGAAACUCAGUAACUAUUACACCAUUAGCGCAUCAGCCGUUGCAACAAGAUAGGAUUUGCCUUGUCUGGGGUGUACCUUGAAUCCGGAACAUUCCAAUUGAUUGGGUUAACCAGGUUAUCCCGGGACUAGUCAACUGUUGACAAGUUUUAUCUUCUGUGGACAAAUGUUCAGUCUAUAUAUUCCCUAAGAUUGCGGAGCAGGGCUAUCAACUCGGGUUCAUUUGUCUGACAAGUGUGCCAUCUAAAGUUCAUGUGACACACCAAACUGUUAGUUUUUGGUUAACCCAUUGAACAAAUGCAUAGAACAGGGGAAUCGUCCUGUUAAGCAGUAUAGCCUGUAUGUUUGUCCACUUUUACCUUGAGCCUGGGUAAGGUCACUGGUGUCAGCUGUCGGAUACUGGUUCGGCAGGCUGGCGACCGUGAGAAAUGGUAUUACUCUUCGCAUAAUUGGAACUGUCUGCGUGAUUAUGUGUCACCUGGAUAUGAGGUCUUGUUUUGUUGCAGCAGUUGUUUUGAUUGGUGCAUAUUGUGUCAUCAUGAAAUUAUGGGACGCUCUGGAGAAAGUCGUGCAGGAUAGGUUCUCUAUGGAGCAAUAUCUGGCUUGUUGAAGCCUGCUUGAACAUUAGUCAGUAUGCAGAGCUGUGGAAAGGUCUGUUCAAAAAUCACCUUGGAGCCACAAGACUGUUGCGAGUAACUUUGCAAGUUCAUAAUCAUACAAUGUCACUUGUACAUUCAACAUGUGUUUGUUCAGAGUGUUGUAUGCAGUAACCUCCUAUGGACUUGACGGUACCCUUAUUUAGUAUCAGCAGAAAAUUGUAAAUGACCUUCUCGAAAUAUAUCAUAUUGGAACUUUAGAUGCGAAAAGUUUAAAAUUUUUGGGUUUUAGUAACUUUUUUUGGUUAAAUAGACACCCCCACUCCACAAAAGGUUCAGAAGAAAUUUAACUUCAGGUAAAAAGGAUAGAGAUUUGAUGGUCAGUUUUGUACUCCACAGUGUUUGAAGCGGGUUCUCAGCUGCUGAAGUGAUAAAUUGUAACAUUGUGAGACUUCCCUGUUUAAAUAGUGAUAUCAGUUUCGUAUCGUGAAAACCUCUGUGCCAACUAGAGCGUGGUUGUUCACACAGCUUCAGGUGCUUAUACUGAUGUUAUGCAGUGAACAGAUUUUACUGUUAGGGAGUGCAAAAAGGUGGCGAGAUAUUGUCUUGAAAAAUGCAAUAGGCCAGUUGAAAAUGUGAUGAUGAAAAAGCAGCAGAGGCUUGCCUUUUCGGUCGGAGACCUAUUGGAACAAAAGAGUCAUCUGGGCAGACCCUGACGCUGGUUCCUCAUUCUCAGGACUGCAUCUGUGGGUGUCCUAUCUGUGAUUUAGAAAUGGCAGUUAAAAGUUGGGAACGAGUUUACAAUCCCCGAUCACGGCCCAAAAAAGGUCAUCAAUUGACGAAAUAAGUGCCACUGUUCAAUGGAUGUGUAGUUGAAUGCGAUCAAAUUACGUCAUAUCCAUUCGGAAAUUGUAAAUUCUAACCGAAAGUUGAAAGCCAGGUACAGAAGACAUCAAUGAGUAAGUUGGUUCAAAAGUAGUUCAAAUACUUAUAUAGUGCCAAGCGUAGAAGGUUAUCUGGUGGCAAGUACCAGGUGUGUCUCCAUAUAUUGUGUAAUGAGUGUAUGAUGUAUAUUCUCAGGACAACUACCCAUUGCUGUUGUAAGUUUAUUCAGAAUUUUAUAAAUCCUGUCUUUUUUGUACAUAUUUCAUUCAGAUUAUGAUGUGGUAGUUGUGAUGAGGUUGCAGUGGUUUAUUGUCAAUAUGAAAGAGUCUAUUGAACCACUGCUCGCUGCAGUCUUGGUUGGGAAUAAAUGCCAUUUUUGGCUCGGCACACUCUUGUGCUUGGGUAGUAGGGUUCAACCAUUAAGUACAUUUACAAAACAUCAUUUGGGGCCUUUGUCAGCUUGAGGAGCAUUGUCAUGUGACCUAAGUACAGUUCCCUUGUCAUGAAGUUGGCAGGUGAUAUCGUGACUUUAGGGGUCUGUGAGUGUGUUUGGCUUGCCGGCUUUAUGAUAGCUGUUAGUGUGUAUACAUCCUUAAUGGUUGAUCUCUCAUAGCCUAUGGAUCUUAAGGCGAGAUCCAAGCUGUCUGGUUAACCUCUUCUGGAUCUCAGCUUGGUUCAGACUUGCAGUAGGCCUUGGCUCUAGGAGGUCAUCUUACUCUAAGGGUUUUCACAAGUCUUGAGAGGUUGAAGGUGAUGGUGCCUAUUGUAACCAUCUGGGAGGGACUGGUUGAGGGCAAGAAACUGAAAGUGUAUGUUGAAGUUAACUGCUUCUCGUGUGUUAUUGUAGAUUAAAGUGAGAGAUGGCAGUAAGUUGGCACAUAGAUCAUCAUCCAUCGCUAUGCAUGUUCUCUUCUCGCCAAGGUUUUGAUAUAAAUGAAUGAUAAAUUAUUUCUGCACUAAUUAUGGUUAUUUUUGUAAAAAUAAACCACGAUACGAUUUCAAUUUGAUGGAAGUAGUCGGGAAAUCACUGAUAAAUUUGACUUGUGUAGAGUUGAGGACUUUUUUAUCAUUUGUACCAGGGUAGUGGCAGAUUAUAGCAUGUUACGGUGUCGGACAUAUUGAUGUGGAAGGAGGUGAAGGCACCACCAGAUCUUUAAACAACCUCUCAUUAUCAUCAGACCAACUUGAUUUGUGAUGUCAUUUAAAGGCGAUAAGAUGCAAAUUUUACCAUGUUGACCUCCAGAAAACAAUCAAAAAUUAAAAAGGGUCCAUUUCCUUUCAACGGUGUGUAUUUGGUGUAAUUGAGCAGUCUGUGGUAAAGACAUGCUGCUAUCAUGCCCAGUACCUGAUUGCUGUGUUGGUUUGGUAGUAGGAUUAUGAUGACAGAGAAUGAUGGCAUCACCUGGGGAAAGAGUAGGCUGAGUACAGUUACAAAUGGUAUUGUUAUGAUUGCCCAAAUUCUUAGGUAGUCCACCCAUGAUAUAUAUCACAAUUCAAAAAUGUAGAUUUUUAUCUUGCACCCUGAUUUCCUAUCAUAUGUCAAAUUGGUUCGUUAUUCUGGUUAUUAUAGCAAUGAAUGAUGUAAAUGUACCAAAACAUACGAUUCAUAAUAAAACUAAAAAUGCAAUGAAAUGA